CCCGCCCCGCCCGCGGCGCGGCGGCCGCAGCCCUCCGGGGUGGCUCCGGGCCCGACGGGGACGCGCCCCCCGCCCGGGGCCCGCGGCGGGGCCGCCGGAUAAAGCGGUGCGCGCCCGCCCGCCGCCGCCACAGGGCCCGGUGGGGCGGCCCGCCAUGGCGAGCCCUGCGCGCCCGCGGCCGGAGCCGGCGGCCCCGGGGGCAUGGGGCAGCGGCGCUGCGGGGGAGCGGCUGCUACUGCUGGAGCUGCGCUGCGCCCGGCCGCCGUCCCCCGGCUCGGAGGAGGAGGAGGAGGAGGAGGCGGGGGAGGAGACGGCCGCGGGGGAGGACUGUUGCCCCAAGUGCAAGAAGCGGGUGCAGUUCGCGGACUCGCUGGGGCUGAGCCUGGCCAGCGUGAAGCACUUCAGCGACGCCGAGGAGCCGCGGGUGCCGCCCGCCGCGCUCUGCCGCCUGCAAAGCCCGCCCGCCGAGCAGCGCGACCCGCCGGAGCCCGGCGCUGCCCCGGGGCCGCCCCGCCCGCAACCCUCCCUGCGCCUGGAGCCCGACUUCCCCGACGGCGGCGAGCCGAGCGCCGAACGGCUGCGGCGGCAGCGCGUCUGCCUGGAGCGGCUGGGGCGGCCCGCGUUGCUCUCCGACGUGCGGGGCACGGUGCGGGCGCUGAGCGGCUCCGGGCCCGGCGAGGUGACGGUGCGCUACACCUUCAACGAGUGGCUCUCCUUCAUGGACGUCCCGGCCUCGCCGCUGCCCCCCGCCCCUGCGGACGGCUCCGAGCCGCCGGCCGAGCGCUUCUCGUUCGCCCUGUGCGUGCCGCCCAGCCUGCGGGAGGGCUCGGCCCUUCACUUCGCCAUCCGCUACCGCGGCGCGCAGGGCGAGCAUUGGGACAACAACGACGGCCGCAACUACACGCUGCGCUGCCUUCGCGACCCCGAGGGCUGCCCGGAGGCGGCCGCCGCGCCCCGCGACUGAGCGACGACCGUGCGGCCGUCGGGGGGAGGUUGGGGCGGCGGCUGAAGUAGGAACGGGGCGCUGCGGGACGGUUCCGCGUUGAGAGAACGAGGAGGCUGAGUGGGACCUCGGUGCCGCUCCCCGCCCUGCCUGAGGCCCAGAAGGACGUCCGCGGAAGGGGCUCCGCUUAGCACGGGACGCGCGGCCGGCAGGCCUGGAGCCGGGGCGGAGGAGCAGUUAAAAAUACCGGCUGAUAGCGAGUUAUCAGGAGAGGUUCGAUAACGACACCCCGCAGUCACGUGCUGUGCACUGGGAGAUGGUGUCCGUCUCGCGGGCGGUUCGGUGUGGCUGUGUCGGGGAGAGCCCUCACAGCACGGUGACAAUGUGAUAGGGAGGGUAUCUCGCUAAUGAACGAAAGCAAAUGCUUCGCUUCAGCUCUCCUUAUGUUACGUUUUGCACCACGCCUUCAAGUGUUUUUAAUUUAUUCAGCUCGUUUUGCGACAUCUUUAGCGGUAUUCCUAUGUUGUUGGGUUUGGACGCUUAACCCACAGCCUUUCACUCUUGCAUUGCAUUGCACUGCACGCCUCCAGGUUGGCCGCUGCUGUGUCCCAAGUCCUGACAUUAGGCAAAAAAGUACCGAUGCAAAUGGCUCUGUCAGAAUAAAAAGCUUUCAAAGAGCUCACCGACACAAACCUUUUGUUUCUGCAUCUUCUGUACAGCAGAACGUGUGUGUUAACCCUACCCUGUGCCCUGCGGAGGCAGCUGGUGCAGAGCUGUGGUGUAAGGAGGCUCUGCUGCCACAGGGUUCUGUAGAAGAUGUGAUGGCUCCUCUGCAGCUUGACUUGUAUUAUUUUGGUAUUCUUCUUUCUGAUGAAAAAACAGAUGAGGUGCUGUGUGGAUGCAGAAAAUGCUUUGGCAUAUAUCCCAUACCUGGAAAGGAGUCUUCAGCUAAGCUGCCUUUUCUGCAAGCUGGUGCAGAGCUGCUGUGCCCUGCUAGGUUACAGGUUAGGACAUGGAAUAACGCAGCGUGCAUUAGCCACUGAUAGUUGUACCAAUGAAAUAACGUGCUCUUAAGCUGAUGUGUGAUGCCAGUAGCACUGAGAUAGAUAGAUUGUUCUUCUAAGUACGGUGUAAGGUCUCGGACUUGUGCAGUGCAUUCCUUAUUCUGUGUUUUGUUCAUGAAUUGCUUCAGAGAAGAAGGAAGUUUCACCAAUGGAGGGCAGGCUGGGUGGGAGUCUCCUAAAACAGAAGGCAGCGGUAGCCAUGCUUUGAUGCCUGCGUCUGGGCAGAGCUGUGGGGCUGCCGCACAGAAGAACUGUAGCUGCAGUCUGCAGUUAUGCGUAGAGGGUGAGAAACAUUUCCUGCUAUUCUGCAAGCUAUGGAUAAUGGAUGAGAAAUAUGCAGAAAGUGUAACGUUUGUGUGUAAUCUGAAAUUCAGAAUGCAGGGAAAAAACAAAACAAAAACAACCUGUAAAUGAUGGUUAAGCAGAACAGUUUUAUGCUUUGGCAACAGGUAAAAUACUUUAAUUUAUUAUGCAAUUCACUGCUUGUGAAAGAGGAAACUUAGGACUCAAACACUUUUUAAUAUGCAAAGUGAUUUUUUCCCCCUGUAUUUUCAUGCUGUGGGCUGUGGAGACACAAGGCUGCACCACAGGUUCCAUAGCUACACAGGACAUGUAUGUACCAAACGCUGGCAUCCCAGAACCAGCACAGCACAGGUUUGGUGCUCGUGGUCAUGGCUUGAGAUUCAUUGCUUGUAACUUCAUUAUGAAGGAAAUAUAUUCAAAUUGAAUUAGUUCUAAUUACAUACAAUGAGAAAGUCCAGGAGAGUCAAAUGUUAAGUGAAACACACUUCGUGUUUGGUUGCAUUACUGCUAAGGGAAUAUUUUACAGGGAUUGGGGGCAUAACUUGUGCAGAAAGUGCUCAUAAACACAUUCCCCACCCCAACAUGAGAAAUAAAAACUCACAGAGAUUUGUUAGCACUCUCGGAUAAACUCCAGCUGUAAAGAUUUCCAGUUCAUGCAGAUUGCUUCUUUUCUUUUUCCCAUGGACUAAGGGCAUAACGGAGAAACAGACGUCAAAGUUUUUUUAUGGGUGUAAAUAAAAGUAAACAGCUGAACCUCUCCGUUGGGUUACUGUGAAGGACAUCAAAGUUAGAUCUUAAAUGGGUAGGCUUUUUUUUUGUUGUUUUUGCAGUUUAUAACGAUGCUUAUAUUCAGAUUGAAAUCAGAAAGGACUGAAGUUCAGUUUGCUUUGGUGCCCCGAAGCACUACAGACUUGCAUGCAGACUGCUUCUGUUUCAUCAGAAGCUUUCAGUCAGAGCUUGAAAGUGCGGCCUCUGUUCCCAUUGACUUCCUGGGAUCUGGAUCCAUCCCAAGUACUGCACGGAGAUAGGGGAAAUGAUUGAGGUUUAAUUGUCUGUUCCGAGACCCGUGUUACGUGGCACUGUGAUGAAUGUUCAUCUGCCAGAGCUCAAAACCUGACAUCUAGGCCUGGCAGUAAUUAAAUCACCUUAAUUGUUUUUAUGAUUCUUUCUAAGAGAGGGAAAAUUACUUGCCUUGCAUUAGCAUAUUUCCAAAGGCUGGUAUAAAUAUUUAUGUGGUGCACUCUUCAAGUAGAAAGCCUGUGCAUUCUUCACGGGUCUCCAUAGUUCUCUUCCUCUGAAUGUAGAACAGUCAUUUGAAUGCACUGCUUACAUCACUUCCUCACACCCCUUGUGAAGCUUCAGUAGUUAAUGGGCUUAAUGGUAAAAAAAGGAGAGUGGUUUAGAAAGAAGCAUCUCUUACAACACAUUAACGAUGCUCUGUGUAACCUGCGGGAUUCUUUGGAGGUGCAUACAUACGUCUGUGCAACAGGUUUGAGAGUUCCUGAUUUUUCCUCUUACAAUUGUAGAAAAUAUACAGUGUUGGAGGAAUUACUGCCCUCUUUUUUUUCAGCUGCCAUAUUAAGGCUCGUGCACACGCUUUAUUUUCUACAAUACUGAAAUAAGAAUAAAAACUCUUGGGAAAAAAAGAA